AUGAAAGGCUUUUUUUCCUUUACAGUCCUUGUAGUCCUUUUAGUGGUGCACAACUCCCAAGCAGUAUACGUUCAGGAUGGAGACUUGAAAUUCUCCCUUGACUCCGUGAAGAAGCUAAAGGAGCUUAUGGAUGAGAACAGACACAUUAACCCUCGCAUGGUGCCUUCAAUGGCUAGCUAUUCUCCUUGUGAUGAAAAAGAUCUCCCUGAGGAGUUCCAAUCUGUGUGCAAAAAAGAAGAUGCAUCAAUGAUUUUUGAGAGGCUGAAACUGGCUGUCCAAGAAGCUGAUUUGUGCGAAAUCUGUGCCAAUGCUGCUUGUGCUGGCUGCUUUUGA